AUGUCUCGCCGUCGAACAUCACACAGCGAAAUGAACGAAGCUGUCGCAUAUCCCUUUUCCAUGUCCAUGCCAUCGAAUGCUUCGAAUGCUCCCCCUCGCAGGGGUCCUAUCGAAGGCCCAAAUGGUCGUCGUCUGAUCCGCCGUGUCACCUGGCGCUCCUCCACAUACAAACUCAUGGCUUCGCUGUGGGUGUUGGCUGUUCUAUACAUCGUCUGGCUGGUCCGUGACCUCUUCUACCAGCCUACCCCCUCGGAACCCGAAUCUGUCCCCGUUUGA